UAGAACUUCAUAUUUUUAUUUACUUGUGAUCUGAAUUGUUAUUUACAGUGGCUUUUUCGGUGGUUUUUGUUCAGAGGGUUUUAAUUUUUCUGCACGUUUUGUAUUCGUUCUCAGUAAUCCUUCGAAAAAUUGAGAUUUUUUUAUGGUGGGUUUCUGGGGGAGAAGUUGAGAUGAACCUUCCUCACUUCGUAAAUCUUAUGGAUGCUAAGAGCGGAAGGGUUCGUGAUGUGUCAGCUGUUGGCCAGCAAGAAACCUCGGAGAAUGUUUCUCGAGUUGAGAGCUUGAAUCAACGUGUCGAUGAAAUAUUUAUUGAAGUUGACAAGCUAGAGAAGAAAGUUAAUGAGAUCGAACAAUUUUAUUCCAAUUCAAACCCAAAGAAUUCUAACACGCAAAGAAGUGGCCCAACUUUGAAGGACAAAGACAGGGAGAAGCUUGCUGCAAACUUUAUGAAGAGGCAGCAAGAUUUAGCACGUAAGCAAGCGGAUGCUGCUAGGAGAAAGCAAGAUCUCAUGAAUCAGUUUGAGAGUAUAUUGCUUAAGAUGACUCAACUCAAGUGGGCAGCACCAUUUUUGAAACCUGUGGACGUGGUUGGGCUUGGUUUGCAUGACUACUAUGAGUCACAGGUUAUUGAGAAACCUAUGGACUUCAGUACGAUCAAGAGCAAAAUGGAGGCCAGGGAUGGUACCGGAUAUAAAAAUGUCCGAGAGAUAUGUGCAGAUGUGAGGCUGAUAUUUAAGAACGCUAUGAAGUAUAAUGACGAGAAGGAAGAUGUCCAUGUUAUGGCUAAAAGCUUGUUGGAUAAGUUUGAGACCAAAUGGCUGAAACUCCUGCCCAAAGUUGAUGAAGAUGAAAAACUGCGAAAAGAAGAGGAAUCCGAGAUGCAACUCGAUAUGCAGCUCGCUCAAGAGGUUGCUCAGGCCAAAUUGGUGAGACAUUUGGGCUUUGAGCUAGACAAGGUUGAUGCUCAUCUGAAAGAACUCAAAGAAAUAGCUCUUCAGAAAUGCAGAAAGAUGACGACUGAAGAAAAGAAACGACUGGGGACUGCUAUCACUAGGUUGGCACCCGACGAUAUCAACAAGGCUCUCGAAAUCAUUGCCCAAAAUGAACCUACCUUCCAAACUGCCGGAGAAGUUGUGGAAGUCGACAUAGAUGCUCAGAGAGAGUCCACCUUGUGGAAAUUGAAAUUGUUUGUCAAGGAUACUUUGCAAGCCCAAUUGGUCUCGAAAAACCCCACCUUGAACAACACCACGGACAGUGGCGUGAUUAAUCCGAUUGGAAGUAACAGGAGAAAACGAGAGUUGUGUGAUGCCCUUGCCAAGAACUCGCACAAAAGGAGCAAAAAGCUCCCCGGCUAACAAAAUAUUUCACCGUGUAAAACCUUGCCUAUUCAUGUAAAUUGAUUUGUGCUGUUGUAUAGGUGCAGUGCACUGUAAGAAGGUUUCUUAACCAUGUAUUUUCUGACUGGCUAGUAUGUUAAGAAAAAGAUGGAAUUUUCUGUGUUGAUACCUUCUUUUAAGUACAUGUGUGAAAUGUGUUGAAAGCGUUAAAGCUAUCUGCAUGGCGCAAAGUUUUCGUACUGCGCAAGUCACAGAUCUAAUGUACAAAAAUAAGCGUGAGCGCAG